CGCGAAACGGUGUGUGUUUUCCCUCUUCCCCUGAUAUUUUCCAGAGUUUGCCCUAAUUCUGCCGUCUCGCCUCGCCUCGCCUCGCCUCCCUCCUCCGAGCAAAGCACUAAACGCACAUCGCCGCUGUCUUUCACCAGCCAGCAGCUGCUCCGCCAUUUCCUCCGAGGUAAGGCCCCUCCUCUCCUACCACUCUACCUCUUCAUCUCUCCCUUCCGUCAAGCUAGUCUAUCAGUCUCUCGUUUGCGCUACGGUUUGGUAGAAUCUCAGUGUGUUGAUUGAAUGUUUCAGAGGGGAGGGUUUAGAAAGAGAAAAUUUCGAAGAAAAGGGGUAAUCUGUGAUUCCAAUUGUUCGAUUUUGUAGGGAAGAAACCAACCUAGCAGCUAUGGAGAUAGAUGGUGUAGCUCCGCCUGUUGCGGAGAAGCCAUUGUUCGAGCCGCUCAAGGCACACGAGAUGUCCGACGGGAAAGUCCAGUUCAGGAAAGUCUCCGUCCCUCCUCACCGAUACACUCCGCUGAAGAAAGCAUGGAUGGAAAUAUACACACCGGUCUACGAGCAGAUGAAGAUUGACAUCCGAAUGAACCUCAAGGCACGGAAGGUCGAGCUGAAGACGAGAGUAGACACCCCUGAUAUCAGCAACCUGCAGAAGUGCGCCGAUUUCGUCCAUGCCUUCAUGAUGGGGUUCGAUGUGAUCGACGCAGUGGCCCUGCUGAGGAUGGACGAGCUGUACGUCGACUCGUUUGAGAUCAAGGAUGUGAAGACGCUCAAGGGGGAGCACAAGUCAAGAGCCAUCGGGAGGCUUUCGGGGAAAGGAGGGAAGACCAAGUUCUCCAUCGAGAAUGCUACCAAGACAAGGAUCGUGUUGGCGGACGAGAAGAUCCACAUCUUGGGGUCGUUUCGGAAUAUCAAGAUCGCCAGGGAUGCUCUCUGCAGCCUCAUUUUGGGUGCACCACCCGGGAAGGUGAACUCGAAGCUUAGACAAGUUACUGCUAGAUCAGCUGAGUUGUUUUGAGCCUUGGCGAUGGUUCAUAUUUGUUGUCUUGCUUAUGAGUUUGGUGAUUGAGUGAAGUGGAUGAAUCUCCUAGAGAUGGGUUCCAUCGGUCGUGGCAACAAGGUGAUGAAAUUUUUGUAUGGUUUAAUGGUCUCUAGUUAUCUACAUACAUGGGUUUCUGUUGGAUGUUUGAUUCCGGUUUUGGAUUAGAGCAAUAGAGCAUGUAAGAGUAAGAGAGCAGUGGUGUUGACUCAGUUUUGAUGAAAUACAGUUUGCCGCAAGAGCAUUGUUGAACUGCAUAUUCUGUACCAUUAACACCUAAUAAUCAGUAUGCAUUGCUGGCUUAUGUUUCUCCAUUGUGAUUGAAAUAGCUUUUGAUUUUGGCUUACUCUGUUGCAAAAUCGCACUCUAAUCUCGAGCUGAAAAUGACAAUCGAAGAAACAUUGCCAAGCAGUAGAGUACCAGAGCAUCAGAAACAGAGGCGGGGAAAUGUGGUAUGGGAACUGGAGAUAGUAUGGAGGGCUCUUUCCGUUGUAACAAAGAAUCUACUUGUUAAUUUGUGAUUAGUUCAUCUAGAGGAUUCUCUGCGAGUGUAGUGCUUAUAUUAGUUGUAAUAACAAAUUUCAACACGGCACCAAGCCAAAGAAGCAGCCAGGAGACUCAGACCAGGGUAGCACCAGCAAAGCAAAGGAAAAGGUCGCCAUCAACCAAGGCAGCCUAAUACAUUAUGUACUGUGUC